UCGCGGAUCGUGACACACUGAAUUAUCGCUGACGAACCAACGACUUUACAAAUGUCUCGGGCCUCUCGAACUGCUCGGAAUUUCAGUGGAUCCUCGGACACAGGCCGGUAAGGUUCCUGCCGAAUUUCCAAGCUGCGAUACGCACUCGAACGAGUCGACGAGUUCGAAAAAAUAUUCUCAAAAGUGAGAGCUCGAACGGCACUUAUCCGAUUUGGACUCGGUCAACGGAAAUGGUUGGAACGCACUCGGGCUAUCGCGCCCCAGGCUCGCAGGACGACGCGGCUAGCGAUCGACGCAGUGAAAUUUCCAUUAAAUCCCCAAUUCCGUACGUGAAAAGUUCGGAGCAGCCGGGACUACGAUGGCCGACGAGGCGCUCCGAGUUGGCAGUUCGUUACAAAGUACCGAUUUUGUUAGCGAUUUUUUCGACAAUCGCUUUGGCACUGCUGAUCGGUUACUCGGCUGGGAGGGCAGAUGUUUCUUCGCCGGAACUGGAGCUCGGAGAACCGAUCGACGGGAGGCUGGGCCGCGCCGCGGGUGGCAGCGAGGUCGCAGGUGCCAGGUUUUACGGCCGCUGGAGGGAGGCUGAGACUCCCGAAAUUCGAGUAAUACGAAGACGCGAAGCUCCCGAAACCGGCGCGUCGCAGCUUCGGAGAGUCGAGACAGGAAGUAAAGAUCCCCGUGGAAGCGAGCCGGUUCCAGGGAACGUAGGUCUUUUCGAAGCGUCCGACUCGCCUGCGAGGACGAAUGUGAAGAAGCGGGGCGUCGAGUCGAGGGAAAAACUUGGAGCGUGUGAGAGGAGCGCGGAGGAGUGCAAAGCGGUGCUCCGCGCGAUGCGCUCGCUGGAGAAAACGGUCGGCAACAACGUCGAAAGUCUCAACAAACUGAUGGGCCGAGGAUCGAAGGAAAAUUGGGAAAACAAGGAUGCGUCGAAAUUUGGGAAACUCGUGCAGUGCCUCGAGUGCAGGAAGCUAGCGAGCGGCGACCCGAUCAAGUUCGUCGACGACUCCGAAGCUGACGAGGCCGCCAUUUACAAUCACCCGGUAUUCCAAAACAGACGAUCUCAAAUGACGAAGGCGUUGACGCUGGCGGAAAUGCUGGACGAUCCGAAGCCGCCUGCGAGCGCCGUCGGCAAGCGGAUGGCCGGAGGAACGAGCCCCGGCGAGGACGGACACGAGUACCCAACGUCCUGGCUGGAGCCGAACGUGAACGAUCCGAAGGUGAAAAAAACCGUGGGCAUCGCGACGAUCCAGAAUAAAACUGCGGACAUGGAGGUGACUUACAUAAUAAAAAACACGACGAUCGUCAAACACCUGGCCAAAGCGGAAUCGAGGGAGGAGCUAUCCCGGCCGGAAAACGUCCGGACCGAGAUGCCGACCGCGCCGUCGUUGCUCUUCAACACUCCUGGACGCGAGGAGAAUUUCGGCUGGGGGGAGGUCACGAGGUCGCGAGCCACGUCCGAAGGAGCCUCGACGACGACGGCGACGACACCGGUUCCGCGGAGGAACGUUCAAUCGGGAGCAAGAGUAGCGGCGGGUCCGCGACGUCCCUCGGUCAAAGGUCAUUCCGAGGGUGGCUCCGUCCUGUUCCCAACAGCGGAGACGUCCAGAGCGGGUCAACAGGUGCAAUUCACGCCGCCGGUUUCAUGGACGCCGUACCCAGUUUGCUUCUUCGGACCCCCGAACCCGAACGGCCUGACCGGGUCAGCCUUCCGACAGCCGACGAGCUUCGCGGCUUCGUCGCCGGGAGCUUUCCCGUUCGCGUUCAACCACUUCCCCCAGAGAGGCUUCAGCUUCGCAGGUGCGCCCGCGGCUCCAGGCUUCCCUCCGAUGCACCACCCGCCACAAUUCCCCUUCGGGAAUCCCGCGGCAGGCUUCCAGCAGGCUCCCUACGUGGGACCGACCGCACCCGGGGGCCAGGGCUUCUUCCAGAGCUUUGGCAACGGAGCCACAGGCCCCGGAGCGCCGGGGCGAGCGCCCUAUUACUGCACCUUCAUGUCCGCCCCGACGUAUCAGCUUCCCAGCCAACCGGGAGUGGCCGAGUUCCAGAGGAACGAGGAUUAUCCGUCGGCGAUGGUAACGGGGAGGGAAAAUUCUUUGGAUCUUGAACGGGAGCCGCAGGAGGCGAAUUUCGCGGAUCUGGAUUGUCGUAAAGAUGAGCGAAGAUGCAGGGACGGCAGUCGAUGUGUGCCGAGGGAAUCGUGGUGCAACGUCAAAGUCGAUUGCCCCGACGCGAGUGACGAGUCGAGGUGCUCGUGCCGAGCGAGAGUCAACAAGGAUCGAAUCUGCGACGGUUACUUCGACUGUCCUCGCGGGGAAGACGAGCUCGGCUGCUUCGGUUGCGCGAUCAAUUCAUUCAGCUGCAAGGACUGGUCCGAACCCGAGGGAGUCGGCGAGGAAUGCGUGCCUCUGACCCAACGAUGCGACGGAUCGAAACAAUGUCCGAACGGAAAGGACGAGGAGGAUUGCAGCAUGCUGGCUGCCUCGUUCACCGAGAAUCAGAAUCUCAACAUAGUCGGCUACACGGUCGGUUACCUUCACAGAAAUUGGCAAGGACGAUGGUACCCUGUCUGCACGGCGACGGAAUCGUGGGCGGUGGAUGCUUGUACGGCAGAAACUGGUUUUCCUCUCAGGGAUCGACCGCGGAGCGAAAUCGAAUCAAUAUCGUUGGCUCAAUACUCCGGGCCGUACACAGUGGAAUUGGGGAAGGACAACGUCAUGAUCGUGCCGCAUUGUCACAAACAAGCGGUCUUCGUCAAGUGUCCUCAAGUUCCCUGCGGCACCCGAGUCCUUUCCCGCCAAGAAUUGCGAUCAUCGUUCGCUCUCAACGAAGACUCGUUCCUAGGGAUCGCGCAGAGUUCCACGAGCCCGAGCAACUCGUCGAACGUCAUCGACCAAAUUUUAGGAUCCAUAAGAAACGCUUCAAUUACCGAUCCCAACAACGCCACGGGGUCCGAAAUCGUUGGCGCCGAGUCAAGAGUCGUCGGGGGCAAAGCCAGUCAUCCGAAAGCCUGGCCUUUCCUCGUGGCCAUUUACAAAGAUGGUUUCUUCAGGUGCGGUGGCAUCAUCGUCAACGAAAAUUGGAUUAUUACGGCAGCUCAUUGCGUCGAGGGCUUCGCGAGCCACUAUUACGAGGUUCAAGCCGGAGUGCUCCGACGCUCUUCGUUUUCCCCGACCGUCCAAACGCGCCGGGCUGAUUUCAUCGUGAUGUAUCCGUACUACGACGGAAUCACGAUGAAAAACGAUUUGGGUUUGAUGAAACUCGACGAGCCACUGCGCUUCAACCGCUGGAUACGACCGGCCUGUUUGCCUACGAUGUGGCCAACCGAUAGCUCCCUCGGAAAGGAACCGUUAUUCGAUACAACCUGCGUAACAGCUGGCUGGGGAACGAUGUUCGAGCAAGGUCCCAAUCCGGACCACCUGCGCGAGGUCGAACUACCGAUCGCUCGACACUGCAAGCACCCGGAAGAUCGCAACGAGGCAGAGAUUUGCGCUGGAUUACCGCAAGGAGGUCGGGACGCGUGCCAAGGCGACAGCGGCGGUCCACUCAUGUGCAACUUUCCGCAUUCGGAGAACCAGUGGUACGUCGCUGGUAUCGUGAGCCAUGGGGAAGGCUGUGCCCACCCUAACGAGCCUGGAGCUUACACGAAAGUUGGUCAUUUCGUCGACUGGAUAAACAGCAUUAUCGGAAAUGAAGAAUCGACGAUCAACGGCCCGAAGCCUCUGGCUUCCUGUCCUGGUUUCCCCUGCAGCGGAGGUCUCGGAAAAUGCUUGCCAGCUCGUAACAGGUGCGACGGUGUCGCGGACUGCCUCGGCGCUGAGGACGAAGUCAACUGCGCGUCGAGUUGGCUCACCGGGGAGCGGAAUGCUUCUAGAAUUCAUUGGGAUUCUUCCCGGGGCUCGGAGUUCCUCGGUCAGUCGAACCCGGCGGCCAGGGACGAAAUAAUAUUCCACAUAAACCCUCCGGCUUUCGCGAAUGCUGCAAAUUGGAUGGACGCAAGUCGCACGAAACUGCCGGAAGUGAACAGUGGAAGCACUCCGACGAUGGCCACGACAACGGAAACUACGAGCGAAGCGACGACGACUGCAGAUCCUUCGACGACUGAACCAACGACAACGACGAGCCUGAACCCACGACAAUUCCCGGCGAACUACGCGGAACAACCUCACUUCACUUGCACCAGAAUCAUGCAGAGCUUGACAAUCGACAGACGCUGCAACCGCAUCAUCGACUGCGAGGACGGCACGGACGAGGACAACUGCACUUGCAAAGACUACCUCACGAACUUUAAUCCGAAAUCAAUUUGCAACGGCCACGUGGAUUGUGACGAUGGAAGCGACGAGGAAAAUUGCGGCUUUUGCAGGGCGAACGAGUUCACGUGCAGCAGAAGUGGCACUUGCAUUCCCGAGUGGAAACUCUGCGAUCAGAAAGUCGACUGUGACAACAUGGAGGACGAACUCGAUUGCUUCAGCCUGACCAACGGAGAAGAGUUGAUCGUCGAUUUCGAUCGGAGACCGCAACUCAAUCUCGAGGGUGUUGUCACGAAAUGGGAAAAUCGAACUUGGCGCCCACUCUGCGUGCAUGUGGACACCGAUUUACUCAAAUUGUCCAAUAAAUUUUGCGAAUACUUUGGAUUUGGAUCGGCAGAGUACUCCGAGAAAAUGACGGUUCGAGGAUCACCGAUCAAAGUGAAAGAAUCCUCCAAAGAUUCUUUGUACCCUUACGAAUAUCCGCCGUCUUUGAAGCCACCCGGGAGAAACGUGAGAACUUGCAACGGAGUCUACGUCCGUUGCAAACCGAUUUUGUCGGCCAAUACGAAUCACCUGGUCGUCACAAAUCCUCUGAACACGAAUAUCGAUUAUUUGUGGCCAUGGCAAGCGUCCAUUUUCGCGGACGGUCGUUUUCGCUGUCCAGGAACUCUGCUCGACCGCUCAUGGCUGUUGGUCACUUCCCGAUGCAUCGAGAAUCUCGACUUGGGACGCAACUACACGAUGGCCGUCGUUGGCACAGCGCCGCCGCAUCUUUACGUCAAUGGCCCGUUCCAGCAAAUCUCUCCGAUAGAUUCGAUCAUACCAGUCAAGAAACUGGAUUCAGCUCUGUUGCACCUGCAAACUCGAGUCAAUCACACGAGAUACGUUCAGCCCAUUUUCGUCCAAAAAAGAAUUUUUCCACCAACGGACAAAGACGAUUGCGUCGCUGUCGGAGUCGACAGAAAAUAUCAAACUAACACGACCUUCCUGCGACCCGUGCUCGAAUCCUGUCCGUUUUGUUAUCGUUGCUACAAAAAUGCUACUCUGGAGGAUUGCGCAAAUAAUGGAACUCUGUCCAGCUGGAGUGGGACGAUCGCUUGUCGCGGUUCAGGCUCUUGGUAUCCCGCCGCGACGUUCAAAGACGAAGACGUUUUCUGCGGUUUUCAAAGUACUCGAGUAGUCACCAGCAUUGACUAUGGGAAUGCUCUUUUAACGGAAAUCAUGGAGGGAAAUUUCGAGACGGUUGGUGCGCCAAGUUGCGAUGGUUUUCGUUGUCCCUUUGGAAGCUGCCUCCCGUGGGACAGAGUUUGCAACGGAGUGGACGAUUGUCGAGAUCGCUCGGACGAGAAUCCUGAUUAUUGUCGAAAGAGGAAAGACGAAUGCAGGAGCACCGGCGGGCCGCAUUGCAAGUGCUCAAAGUCGGAAUUGACUUGCGCGAAUGGACAAUGCGUGGCGAAGGAGUCAUUUUGCGAUUUGAAAAACGACUGCGAGGACGGCUCCGACGAGACGGCUCAUUGCACCUGCGCCGAAUAUCUCAAACUGACGAUGCCCGAUCGAUUGUGCAACAAUGUGCGAGAUUGUCUCGACAAGAGUGACGAGAGCAACGAAGAAUGCAAAUGCGAAGGAAACCGUUUCAAGUGCACAGCGACUUUGAACGCCACGAGGAUCUGCAUAUCUCGAGACUUUGUGUGCGACGGUGAAUUGGACUGUCCAAACGGGGACGACGAAAAAAUCUGCCGAGGGAUUCAAGGAUCUUCGACGGACCCACGCGGAACUGGCCAGGUCCUUCGUCGUUCAUUCGGCGUUUGGCAUUCCGAAUGUUUCCCGAUGCCUGUUACCUCGACCAAAGAAGUCUCCGAUAUUUGCAGAACUAUGAAUUACAACAGCGGCGAAGCUCUGCGUCUGGAGAACCCGGAUCUCGUUUACGGGCAAGCGAUGAUUCCGGAUCGCGACGAAUUUUACAUGAUACGAUUGAAUGAGCGGGCGUGGAUAUCGUUGAAGAAGAAUCGACCGUUAGUGAAGCUCGUAGUUCCGAACAAAACCUGCAAUCGGGCCUUCGUCAAAUGUGUGUGACCGCAUCAACGCUUGUCUCUCCACUCGUGAAACACACGGAAGCACAAAUUUAUUUUUUCAAGUCUUUUAUUUCUAUUUUUAUCGAUGCAUUUAAUCUUCGACCGCGCCGAGAAUUCAUUAUCGAAGCGUUACGUUCCUCACAAUUACGCGCGAACGUACUUUCGAAUGUACCGCAAUGCGACCUUCAAAUGAUCGAAUUACGAUGUGUGAAAAGAAGAAGAAGUAAACGCGAAUAAAAUCGAAGAAUUUUCAACUCUUCGGUUCUGUCGGCAUUCACGUAAAUUUCAAUGAAUUUUCCCAUUGUAUAACAUCAUUUUUUUUCUACUUUUUGUUGUCGUCUGCUAGUCAUUUAUUUAUUCAAUGAAAUAUUGUCGCGUUGGACGGGCAGACUGUGUAAAAAUAUUUCAAGAGUCAAUAAUACUGUCGGAAACUGGAUCUUCGAUUUUGUGCAUUAAUUUCAAAUAAACGAAUAAGCAAAAUCAAUUAAUCAUUCUUGUGUAUCCGAAGAAUUUGGAACUAUUUGGAACAAUUGAAAAAUGCAACAGUUCCUUUUCAUUGCGAAUCUAUUUAAGGAGGGUGGAUCGCGACGAUGCAACGUUGCCAUGCUAAACCAUGUUAAAAAUA